UCGCGAAGUUUAUAUGGUUCCCGUCGCGAUUAUGAGAUUGUAAGAUCAAGAUCUUACUUACAUUAUUCACAAUUAAAACUACUUUUCUACUAAUCAAUUUCUUCCACUCGUUCUCUUUUAUUCGUCGCAUCCUUUUCGCGAAUGUUUUCACCAUGACAAAAGAUCCACAACCGCAGAUUCCUCAAGAUGAAUCUUCCUCAGCUACCGCAGCUGUACCUUCUGACUCUACGAAUCCUACCUCAUCUCAAUCUUCUACUCUAACACAUCGACCUCGGACGAAAUCCGAUUUUGACAAGCUGCUUCUCGAGCAAUACCUUCAUCACACUUUAGUCCAUUCUAGCGCCAUUGUCGAUGAUCAAAGGAAAUGGAGAGCCUAUUAUACCAACAAACACCUUGAAGCGCAAGAUUACGAACUGGUAAAAAGUUCCAAAGAUGUCUUUACAGCGAGUCGGUUAUAUGGAACAGGUUAUGAUGGGUAUGGGAAUGGAGUCACAGACGGUCCAACGAGAAUAUUGUAUGCGCAUGCCAAGUUUGCGAAGAGGAAAGCAAAGCCAUUACGAAUCAAGCGGAAAGACAUGGCUAUGCAGGCAGAUCAAGUGGAAGAAUUGGUACCCAUAAGGUUGGAUGUGGAUUGGGAUAAGGUCAAACUUCGAGAUACUUUUACUUGGAAUUUACAUGAUCGAACGGUUACCACGGAGUUGUUUGCGAAACAGCUUAUAGCGGAUUUAGGUUUGGUCACUCCAGUAGCAGAACCAGUACUACAACAAGUUCAACAACAAAUGAAUGAUCAAAUUGUCGACUUCAAUCCACUGGUUUACUUUCCAGAAGAUCCUUUGGACGAAAUGUUACCAUAUACAGCCUAUAAGAAUGAUGAGUUGCGCAUUCUCAUCAAGCUCAACAUCACUAUUGGACCACAUACAUUAGAAGAUAAAUUCGAAUGGGAUAUUAAUAAUCCUUUAAAUUCACCAGAAGAGUUUGCGCAAAGUAUGACCAAAGAUUUAUCACUUUCUGGGGAAUUUACUACAGCAAUAGCACAUUGCAUACGUGAACAAAGUCAGCUGUUCAUAAGGAGUUUGUACGGUGUUGGACAUCCAUUCGAUGGAAGGCCAGUAGAGGAUGCCGAUUUAGUUGCAGCAUUUUUACCUUCACCUCUACCUUCAGUAUUCCGGCCACAUCAACAAAUUAAAGAGUUUGCGCCGUAUCUGUAUGAGAUGACUGAAGCAGAUUUAGAGAAGCAUGAGUUGGUAUUUUCAAGAGAACAACGAAGACAAAAAAGAUCUGUAAAUAGGAGAGGAGGACCAGUUUUACCGGAUUUGAAGGAUAGACAGAGAACGGUGAGAACUUUGGUUGUAUCUUCCGUAUUACCUGGAGCAGCAGCGACGGUUGAGGAAAGUCGAUUAUACAAACGAGUAGGGGUACCAUCAGGAAGAGGAAGACGUGCUGGUUUUGGUAGACAAGACGGUGCAGAUCUUUCGGAAUCAGAUGAUAGUGAAGAUUCUUCUCCUGAAUCUCCGGCAGUACAAGUGACUCAAGGUACAGCGAGAACGAGAAAUAUGCGUGGAGCAGCCACGGCUGCACAACAGAGGAUGGCCAAUAUUGGAAGAUCAGAAACUCCAGAAGCUCUGCUAGCACAUCAUCAUGAAACCAGAACGUCAGCAAGGAAAUUUGGUCGUGAUGCUAGGGAGGAUAGUCUUGAUACUCCUACAUUGGUGAUCAGAUUAAAAAUGCCGAAAGAAAAAUUCAGGAAAUUAGUUCGAGAUUUAGGCAAAGGUCGUCCAAGUCAACAAACUCCUUCUAUGACUCGAGCGACAUCAACAUUCGGUACACCUGCUCCACCAGGAUCUAUGGGACCACCUUCAACACCUGGAGUACAAGCAGCUCUACCAUUAGCAACAACUCCAGCACCAGUACCUACACCACAACCAAUAAAUGCUGUAGCAGUAGGUCAAAUUGGUAGAAUUGAUGCUCCAGCACCAAUCCCUGGUCAAGUUCUUCCACCCGUAAGUUUAUAUUUUUUAAUCCUUUGUCACUUCACAUGAUUCAAUAAAUCAUUAGCCUUCGUUUCAUACUUUGUCAAAUCCCAACUAACAUGUUCAUAAAGCCACCACCACCUCCAACCUGGCUAGCCACAGGUCUAACAGCCCUUCACCAACAAUACCCCAACGAUCGUUUCGAAGGCAUGAUGCGUUAUUCCGCCGUUUCCAUCUCAUCCGAAACUCCAGUUCCUGCCCCACCUCCAGGUACUACCCCUGAAGGUAUAAAAUGGAUGUACCUUCCUCGAAUCAGAUGUCAUGAUUGUCCUGGUAAAUUAUAUACACCAGGACCGGAUACUACGGUGGGAAAUUUCGAGGUUCAUUUAAAGAAUAAGGGUCAUAGGGAAAAAGUUAAUUUGAGGUUGGGUAAUUCACAAGCGGGAUCGUCGACUGGAUAGUAUGGGACAGGUUGGAGUUGUGUUGGAGUUAGGGGGUAUGGAUUAUGGGAUGUGAAUGGUGGAUGAGGGUUAUGGGAUAGGGGAUAGGGGAUGAAAUAGGAUGGAUGGAUGCAUGAAAAUAGGAUGAAAGGCGGGAAUAAAAUAAGUGUUUACUAGAUAGUGAUCAAUCACUCACUCACCUGCUCAAUGAACUAAAACAAACCAAUUAACUAAAUAAAUAAAAGAGAAUUAUAAUAUCUUUAAAUAAAAGAUAUAAACAAAAGAAAAUAAAAAACAUAUGAUUA